CUUCACACACUCGGCAGUCGACUCUCUCCAUCGCACCUCGCCUCGCCGAGCGGAGCCGCCAACAUGCCUCUCCAGUCCACGCUGUCGGGGAAGGGCUCGGGCCCCCUGCAGGCCGAGAGCACGCAGUGGGACGGGAAGUCCUUCGACGAGCUGAGGCGGGAAUGCCUCCAGAACGGGGUCCUGUUCGAGGACCCCGACUUCCCCGCCGCCGACGCCUCGCUCUUCUACAGCCAGAGCACUCCCGUCAAUAUCGAAUGGAAGAGGCCCAAGGAGUUCUGUGAAAACCCGAAGUUCAUUGUGGGCGAUGCAGACAGGACGGACAUCUGCCAGGGUCAGCUCGGGGACUGUUGGCUCCUCGCAGCCAUCGCCUCACUGACCCUGAAGAAGGACGCCAUGAACCGAGUGAUCCCACGGGACCAGGACUUUGACCACAGAUACGCUGGAAUCUUUCACUUCCGGUUCUGGCAGCACAACAAGUGGCUGGACGUGGUGGUGGACGACCGGCUGCCCACCGUCAGAAACAACCUCAUCAUGCUUCACUCCGCCUCCAACAACGAGUUCUGGAGCGCCCUGCUGGAGAAGGCCUACGCCAAGAUGCACGGCAGCUACGAGUCGCUGAAAGGCGGCAGCACCAUGGAGGCCAUGGAGGACUUCACCGGCGGCGUGGGGGAAAUGUACGAAACCAAGAAAGCUCCGGACAACCUGUUCGCCACCAUGAAGAAGGCCCUGGACCGAGGCUCCAUGAUGGGGUGCUCUAUUGAUAUCUCCAGCUCCGCAGAGUCCGAGGCCAAGACGGCCACCGGCCUGGUGAAGGGACACGCCUACUCCAUCACAGGCCUGGAGGAGGUGACCUAUCGAGGUCGGAAGGUGAAGCUGAUUCGGAUCCGGAACCCCUGGGGUCAGGUGGAGUGGAACGGCCCCUGGAGUGACAAGUCGUCAGAGUGGGAUUAUGUAGACCGAGCAGACAAAAGCCGCAUCCUGAACAAUUCAGAAGACGGUGAAUUCUGGAUGGAGUUUGAAGACUUCAAGAGGAACUAUGACAAGGUGGAGAUCUGCAACAUGACCCCCGACGCCCUGACCGACAACACCAAGCGGCACUGGGAGGUGGAGGUGCUGGAGGGAAGCUGGAUUCGCGGCUCCACCGCCGGAGGCUGCAGGAACUACAUCGACACGUUCUGGACCAACCCGCAGUUCAAGAUGAGGCUGAAGGACGCCGACGACGAGGACGACGUGUGCAGCGUGGUGGUCGCCGUGAUGCAGAAGGACAGACGGAAGCUGAGGAUAGAAGGCAAAGACCUGCAGACCAUCGGCUUCGCAAUGUACAAGGCUCCAGAUGGGGACGACUAUUUGUCGAAGGACUUCUUCAGGUACAACGGGUCCAUCGCUCGCAGCAAGACCUACAUCAACCUGCGCGAGGUGUCGGAGCGCUUCACGCUGCCCCCCGGGGACUACGUGCUGGUCCCCACCACCUUCCAGCCCCACAAAGAGGCCGACUUCAUCGUCCGAGUCUUCUCCGAGAAGAAGGCAACUGCUUUAGAGAUGGGGGACACCAUCGACGCUGACCUGCCAGAUCCGCCUCCGCCCAGCUCUCCGGAGGAAGAGACCGAUGAGGAGAAAGGCCUGAGGAGGCUGUUUGACCAGCUGGCUGGAGAUGAUAAGGCGAUUUCUGUCAGAGAGCUUCAGCAGAUGCUGAAUGGAGUUCUCAGCAGGCGAAAAGAAAUCAAGUUUGAGGGUCUGAGCCUCCACACCUGCCACAGCAUCAUCAACCUCAUGGACGUUGACAACACGGGGAUGCUGGAGUUCCAGGAGUUCAAGGUCUUCUGGGAGAAGAUGAAGAAAUGGAUCAUGCUCUUCCUGUCCUUCGACACAGACCGCUCGGGGAAGAUGUCGUCCUACGAGCUCCGCAUCGCGCUCAAAGCUGCAGGCAUGCACCUGAACAACGACCUUCUGCAGCUGAUCGGCUUGAGGUUCGCAGACGGAAAGUACGACAUCGACUUCGACGACUACCUCACCUGCAUCGUCCGUCUGGAAAACAUGUUCAGAGCUUUCCAGUCCAUGGACAGCUCCAAGAGGGGCCGGGUGAGGAUGAACAUCAUGCAGUUCCUGAUGCUGUCGAUGAACGUCUGAGGAGAAGCUGAGGGCAGCCGGAAACCCGCUGAAGAACAAAACGCUGCCGGCGGCCGGGGAUCGAACCGUGUUACAGCCACGUAUACAGACUUGAUCUUUCAUAUUCUCAACGUCUUGGGUUUAAAAUGUGAAGCUGUGUCUGAGCUGCAGUGUUUACAGGAGCGGGGAUCACGUUUUGAUGUUUGCUGACUUUGGGGUUUUCUAGAAAGUUGGUUUAUUAUUGUUUUUUUUUUCUGCUCAUUACAGAACCUGAAAUAAAUUUACAGUGAAGCGUU